ACGCGGAUGUGGGUCACUUUUAAUGCCGUCCACCAACUGACUGGAUACGUUUAAAGCCCAUUAACUCUCCCGGUGUUGUAAUUAGAGAACCCCUGCUCACGGAUUGUGGACCAUUCCUCCGUUCCUCCACAUCCAGGCGAGGUGAGAGCGGCGCAGAGCACCAGACGGACCGGAGCGGGUUAGUGUGGGUACACGGAGGCGCGUCACACUCACGGACUCUGUACAUCGCAACUCCAACACAAAUGGAUAUUUACGUGGCUCUGUUAUCCCUUUUCUUUUUUACCACACCAGCUUUGGCUUUCGGUUCAGAUCAAGACUACCAGCUUGAUAUCAUCAAUGAACUUGACCUGGCAAAUGCCACCUAUGGAAUUACCCAAGUGGCGGGUCUUCACAACAGCAGCAAAGCCUUCCUUUUCCGAGAUGUUGGGAGAGCAGUUCACGCCCCAGCACACAUCACAGAAAAAGUGGUACAGCUGUUCAGGAGUAAAAGUGAGUUUACCUUCUUGGCCUCCAUCCAGCAGAAGUCCUCCACGUCAGGAGUCAUAUUCUCCAUCCACGAGUCAGAACACAGCUACUUCGAGCUGGAAAGCAGCGGGGUGAGAGAGGAGAUCCGCUAUCACUACCGCUUCAAAGGCAAGCCACGUUCUGAAUCCUUCCCCUACCGCCUCGCUGAUGGCCAGUGGCACAAGAUCGCCCUUACCAUCAGUGCCUCCCACCUGCUUCUGCACGUUGACUGUAACAGAAUUUAUGAGCGGGUGAUAGACCCUCCCCAGAUGGAGCUCACCCCAGGCAGUGGAGUGUGGCUUGGCCAGCAUAGCCACAGGCAUGGUCUGUUUAAGGGCAUUAUUCAGGAUGUGAAGCUGAUUUUUGCUCCCAACGGCUACAUCACACAGUGUCCAAACCUUAACCGUACCUGUCCCACCUGCAGUGAUUUUCUGAGCCUGGUGCAAGGCAUCAUGGACCUUCAGGAACUACUGGCUAAGAUGACCUUGAAGCUGAACUAUGCUGAGUCUAGGCUGACCCAGCUGGAAGGAUGUCAUUGCGAGAGGACCUGCAGUGCCAACGGUCUGGUCUACCGGGAUAAGGAGCUGUGGGUAGAACCUGAGAACUGCAGGAACUGUGCAUGCAAGAACGGUGUGGUCGAGUGUCGCAGGAUUUUCUGUCCUCUGGCAAACUGCUCAGAAGACUUGUUGCCUGUACAUGUGGAUGGAAAUUGCUGCAAGACAUGCAGACCAAAAUGUACCUACAUGGAACAGACAUUUUCUGAGGGACAGCGGUUUUUGUCCAGGAGCUGCCGGGAAUGCAAGAAUGGCCUGAUGGUGAAAGUCACAGAGACCUGUCCAGAUCUAAACUGCACCCUCAGUGAACAGAUCUUACCAGAUGGCAGAUGCUGCAAUGUUUGCAGAGGUUAUGACUUCUGCGCAGAGGGACUCAUUUGUGGGGAAAACUCAGAGUGUAAAAACAGGAAUACUAAAGCAGAGUGUGAAUGCAAGAGUGGCUAUGCCUCCAUCCACGGGGAUUCUACUUACUGUGAAGAUAUUGAUGAGUGCGCGACGCAGAUGCACUACUGCCAGUCCAACACGGUGUGCGUCAACCUGCCCGGCAGCCAUCGCUGUGACUGUCUACCAGGAUUCACCAGAGUGGACGAGUACUCUUGCACUGAGCAUGACGAGUGCGCCAGCGGCCAGGAUUUGUGUGAUGAGAACGCCAUCUGCACCAACACCAUCAGGGGACAUCUGUGUACCUGCAAGCCAGGCUAUGUGGGAAAUGGCACCAUCUGCAGAGCCUUCUGUGAGGAGGGAUGCCGAAGCGGCGGGACCUGUGUGUCUCCCAACACGUGUGUCUGUCCCUCGGGAUUCACGGGACACUGCUGUGAGACAGAUAUUGACGAGUGUUCAGAGGGCCUGAUUGAGUGCCACAACCACUCCCGCUGUGUCAACCUGCCUGGCUGGUACCACUGUGAAUGCAGAAGUGGUUUCCAUGACAAUGGAUCCUACCUGCUCGACGGGAGCUCCUGCAUCGACAUUGACGAGUGCAGUUUGCAGACACACACCUGCUGGAAUGACAGUGUGUGUGUGAACCUCCCAGGAGGCUAUGACUGUGUGUGCACAUCUGGUCCAGGCUGCAGUGGUGACUGCCCACAGGAAGAAGGAAUGAGACGCAAUGGAGAAGAUUGGAAACCCAGCUUUGAUCGCUGUGCUGUAUGCUCCUGCAAGGAUGGGCAGACGUACUGCAGGCGGAGACCUUGUGACUGUGGAGACCCAGAAGAGGAUCUGUUCUGCUGUCCUGGAUGUGACAACAGGCCCAGCAGCCAGUGUCUGGAUCAGAGCGGACGCACACUUUACCGCAGCGGAGCAUCUUGGCUGUACGGCUGCCAGCAGUGCCGCUGCAUGGAAGGGGAGGUCGACUGCUGGCCUCUAGUUUGCCCCACGUUGAUGUGCGAGUACACGGCAGUGGCAGAGGGCGAAUGUUGCCCACGCUGCGUCACAGACCCCUGCCUGGCUGACAACCUGUCGUAUGACAUUCGGCAGACAUGCAAGGACCCCGCAGGCAUCGCCCGCCUCAGCGGAGACACAUGGCAUAUGCCCAAAUCACCCUGCACCACUUGCAAGUGCAAGAAUGGAAGUGUUUGCUGCUCGGUGGAUCUCGACUGCCUUCAGAACAACUAAAGCCCUCCCUCCUCCUCCUCCACGUGCCGUCCUCUUCUUCUCCUUUCACUAUGGGACUGCCACAUCCUCUCAACCAUCUGACGACCCUUCCCCUCAGACAGACGGACAGACUCUCGCAUGCACAUGUGCAUGCCAGUGUGUGCACAAAAAAAGAAAAUUUGCAAACACACACUGGACAGACUGGGGUGUCGCGGCUGUGCUUUUAUGCUGUACCUCUGUCGACAAACAGCGACUGAGUGUGCGUGCGUGACUCAGGAGGAGACAGAGGCCCGAGUUGCUCUCACCACAGUCGCUGUGUUGUGUUUGUGUCUCUGUGUUCAAUUCCAUCCUUUCACGAAACGUCUUGAAACCUUUUUAAAUGUCUCAAACCCGAAACCAGAGACAAACAGCCAGACGGAUGCUGAGGGGCUCCGUCUGUCUACAUUUGCUCAAACACGGGCUCUUUAAUGCUUGGUCGCCUACAGGAAACUAAACAUCCAUUACUUUGGUAACCAAAAGGAAUGCAUCCACUUUACUGUGUUUUGUGUUACUGAAUCAGGAGGUAGUUCAGUGUCAUAUUACAAUGUUAUGAUGAAAUGGGGUCAGUUUUCAUUUCAGUACCAGAGUUUUUGUGAGUAGCGUUUUUUUGUUUCUGUCACUGAUAUUGUCCAUAUUGUGCUAAAAACUUAGCAAUAGCUUUUGGAUGUCCUGAUUUGUGUGAAAUCCAAAUGAAUUUACAACAUGUUGACCUCACGUCCUGGUGUCAGCAUGAUUUCCAUCACUGAUAUUUCCCAAAUAGUUGUGGACUACAUUCUUCUUUGACAUUACAAAAGUCACAUCUUGAACACAUCGUAAUAUACAAACUUCCAUCUUUACAUUUUUUGAGUGGUUCUCUGGCAAAACAGGUAGAAGUAUAAACCAUGUCAGUGGUGCACAUUAGCUUUGCAUACAUCGUUAAUGUUUCAUCAAAACAUCUAGCUGGCCCUGGACCCAGAAACUGAAAUCUGCAAUAUUUGAGAGUCUAGAGCAGACUGAUAAUUUGACAAUCUAGAAACCUGUCAGCUAAUCAGGUGACGUAGAUUUGGGGCGUAACACCCAACAGAUAAAACUUCCUGUGCCUAUUUGCCAGACAUCAUUUAUGAAUACUUAAAAUACGUCAAAAAAAUCAAUAAAUAAAUUUUCAGAUGAUAGCCAGUAAUUCUGAUUCUUAACUCAGAUGCAAGUACAACCUACUACAAGCUGAAGCCAGAAAAACUGUCCCUUGCCUACGGACUCUGAUAGGCAGGUAUCUGUUUACAGAGAUUAUGUAUUAAUUUAUUAUUCUCUGACACCAUCAGUCCCAUUUUAAAGGAUUUUCCAGAAAUAGCCAUGACAUGCAGUGUACCACAAUAACGUUGACUCGCUUUUGAGCGUGGCUGCUUGGAACAGGUAUUUAUUACUGCUGGUAGAUGUAGCUGGAAAACAGUCCUGCUUUCAGUCAUCAAACCCUAUAAAUGCCACAUCUAUAUUAAACCGCAUCCCUGAGGCUCUGAACUGGGACAGACAACAUGUCUGUCCUUCUGAGCCACUUCAGUUUUCUAACACUCCCUCAACCACAGCAUCUCGUCUUCAAAUGAGGAUGACUGCCAGAUGCCUACACUUAACAACAGCAGUCAGGGUAUGAAAAGCAUCUGAAAGGUGUGUGGCGAUGCACAGUGGAUUCCUGCAGGCCAGAAUGAGUGCCAGCCAUAGUCAUUGAUUAAAUCUGAGCUCGUGGAGGGUUGGACUUCUGCGGCGUCUCUCCGGGCUCCUCGGCUCUGCACCAUAUGGCACACCCAGGGUGGCAGGGACACAAAAAGUGAGCGCUGGAGAGGGAUGCGGAUAAUUAAAGCAUUGUCACGCAGCCCUGGAUUUGAUUAUGCCAGAAGGUCACCAAGUGUUGAAUCUGUUUACAGACAGCCAGGAUUAUUAAGGCAGGAGAGUCUUUACUGCUACAGUUCACACGUUCAUAGUUACGCGGAUGCUCUUGUCUCCUGUUCCCCUACCCUGUCCCUCAGCCCUCAUCCACAUUUGUCUGCACUGUCCUUAAGCUUUUCUCAAGAGUGUUAAUGUUGACCCUCGAGUGUCACUGCCAUCAGCCUAUGUCGGUCAGUAU